AUGAAGCUGUCUACGAUUCUUUACUUCGCGGGCUUUAGUUCUGCUCUGCCUUCCCUCGAGUCUCCCAAAAAAUUUGAGCUCAACCUCUCUUGGGAGACCAGAGCGCCCGAUGGAGUCGAGCGUAUGCAAGCUUUGGUCAAUGGCCAGUUCCCUGGACCUCCACUCUUAUUGGAUGAGGGCGACAAGGUCGAGGUGACAGUGAACAAUUACAUGCCCUACAACACCACAAUUCACUAUCACGGUAUUGAUCAGCAAGGAACAUCUUGGUCUGAUGGUGUACCGGGGGUUUCGCAGCGUUUCAUUCCUCCUGGGGGUCAAUUUAUCUCCAAAUUCACUGUCUCGCAGCAUGGAACAUACUGGCAAGUCUCAUUGUACCACUCGCACACUGCGGGACAACUCAUAGAUGGCUUGUACGGGCCUAUUUACAUCAGACCGCGGACAGCAGCUAAAGACAUGGCCAAUGCUAUGGCUAAUGAUAUCCCAACACGCGCUCAAAUAUACCAAGCGAUUAAAGAUCCUAAGCUGGUUAUGCUCUCUGAUUGGUUCCACAACACCUCCGAAGAGUUGCAGCAGAUCGCUGUGGACGCGGAUAUUGACACAUUGUGUGCCGACUCUCUCUUGGUCAAUGGGAAGGGACGAGUACGCUGCGUCAGCCCUGGAUAUGCCACCAGCCUGGUUCCACCUGACUUCUCUGCCCUGUUGCAAGGACAAAACUACACUGUGAAAGGAUGUCUCGCACUUGACAAUACCUACGCCCAAACAACCUAUGCAAAGCACAACUUCAGUUUGGUGCCUCCUACCAUGUAUGAUAUCUGCAAUGCUACCGACGCGGAAGAAGCAACAGUUUCCAUCAAUAACCACUCCAUGUGGGUAUAUGAGGUUGAUGGACAAUACAUCCAACCAGUGCAAGUGGAUGCACUGACAGUCGCAAUUGGUGGUCGCUACUCCGCUCUAGUGAAGCUAAACAACACAGCAGGAGAUUAUCCCAUUCUCGUUGCUAACUCUGGGUUGAACCAGAAGGUCGCAGGUCGAGCUACUCUUUCAUAUGCCAAUGGCGAUCAAACUAUCUAUUCCACGCCCUCUAUCGACUAUGGUGGUAACCCUGUGACUUCUGACGUUGUCAUUCUCGAUGAAAACACCAUUAAACCGCUGGUACCAAACAGACCAAACCAAGAAGCGGAUGAGACCUACAUCCUUGAUAUCGGACGUUAUGAGAAGGCGUGGAGGUGGUCCCUCAACGGGAACGACGCUUACGAACUGGCGAUGGAGGCUGACCGGCCUAUGCUUUGGGAUCCCACGUCGCAGGAGAAUAGCAGCCUGGUCAUUUCUACUAAGAACAACACCUGGGUGGAUAUUAUCUUCAAGAUUGUUGGAGAUUCCACGACCCUCCAGCCAGGCCAUCCACUGCACAAACACUCGAACCCGGUUUAUGUUAUUGGCUUCGGUCUUGGAGAGUUCACCUACGGUUCAGUUGCAGAAGCCAUCAAGGAGAUACCAGAGAUGUUCAACCUGGUCAACCCUCCCGUGAGAGAUACCUUCACCAGUCCAGCAGCCUUCCAAGGACCGGCUUGGUUGGCAAUUCGCUACCAUGUGCAAAACCCAGGAGCAUUCUUCAUGCAUUGCCACAUUCAACCGCAUCUGAGCGGCGGCAUGGCACUUGCCUUGCUGGAUGGCGUGGAUACCUGGCCUACUGUCCCGGCUCAAUAUGGGCCUGAGGGCCACUGGGGCAAUGCGCCAUAG